AUGAAUUAUACAAGUACAGAUGUUAAUAUUUUUGCAGAAACAAGAUUUAUUGAACUUGAUAAUGAUGAUUCGUACUUGUUGAGUGAUGACAAAUACAGCUUGUUUAGAAAUGAUGCGCCUCCAGGAAAUCCAUCAAAUGUACGGCCUUUUGGAGGGACAGCAGUUUAUAGCCGUCUUGACUAUUAUCCAGGAUAUCCAUAUUGUGAGAACAGAAAUGGUGUAGAAAUAACAAUUUUAAGGUUCAUGGUCAUUCCUUAUGUUACAAUUGUAGGAAUCUAUAGAUCACAUGCAGGAUCAAUAAAAAACACAUGUAGUACACUCAAACAUACUCUAGAAUCACUACAAACUGAAGUUAAUGUAUUUAUAGGAGACUUUAAUGCCAACUGGUUUAAUAAUUUCAAAUACUUCACUAAAUAUAUUAUUAAACUGGAAAAGCCCACAUCAAAAUGUAAGAAAAUUCCUUCUUCUACACCACCUUCAAGAGCCAAAGUCUGCAAUACAAAACCAUCAAGAGCCCAAGUCCCAAAGACAGGAGCUAAAGUCCCUGCUACACCACCAUCAAAAGCCAAAGUCCCCACUACACCACCAUCAAAAGCCCAAGUCCCAAAGACAGGAGCUAAAGUCCCUGCUACACUACCAUCAAAACCCAAAGUCCCCACUACACCACCACCGACAGCCCAAGUCCAUGCAGCAUCACCAUCAGGAGCCCAAGUGCCCACCACACCACCUACCUCUCAAAAUGUUGAACUACAGGGUUACAUCCAUACUCUUAGUUCCAUCAAGAACGCUAAAAAGUCACCAUAUUUUGWSUGCCUUGUUCAGACAGAUGACACAACCAAAGUUAGAGCAGUAUGCUAUGAAACAAAAAAACGAACCACUUUGCAACAAGCUUAUAGCUCCAAGUCGCCUGUAAAAAUUAGUGGAGUCAAACGAUUACCAAGCACCAGUUUCACUGACUCGUUGGAAGAAUACAAAAUCGUUAAAAUGGCCAAAMUUACCCCAACUAUGAUAGMUUUUGAGCACAAUCCAACUGUAGCAUCUACAGUCUACAAUGUUCAGCAAGCAUUUGAUGGUGAUGUGUUCAAAACUAUUGAUGUUACAGCCAAAGUUAUGAGUAAAGAAGACAACAAACAACCAAUUUUUUACAAAGGAAAGCAGCUAAUGAAAGCUGAUUGCCUAAUUGCUGAUCAUACUAAUACAAUAAAAUUAACACUAUGGGAACACCUUAUUGAUGUAGUGGAGUGUGGAAAGACAUAUAACUUCAAGAAUAUCAAAAUUAGAUCAUUCAAUGAUGUCAAGUACCUGAGUACAAAUGAAGAAACCACCAUCCAGCUACAAGGUGACAUCCAAGAUAUUAGCAUGAAUACUGAAGACAUAACCCUUGCCUUAAACAUCACUGAAGGUAAAUGUGUUGGAGCAAAACUCAAGAGAGAGCUAGCAUGCAUAGCUUGCAAUAGUUGUCUUAAAGAAUCAGCAUCAGAUGGCAUGAUCACAUGUCAAAACUGUCAAAUGACCACACUAGAGGAAAAUUGCAACAACAAGCUUGUGGGCCAGUUGAUGAUAAAAUCAAAAACAGGA